AUGUCUGCCUCUACUCGUAUCCCUCCCAUCGCACAGCCGUUCGUCAGCGAACAGGCUAAGCGAACCCUCGACCUGGUCGAGGAGUUCGUCGAAAAAGACUGUAUCCCCGCCGACUCGGUCUUCCAGGCCCAACUGGGCGAAGGCGAGCAGCGAUGGAACACCACCCCCGCCAUCAUGGAGACACUGAAGGAGAAGGCGAAGAAGCUCGGCCUGUGGAACAUGUUCCUGCCUAAGAACCACUUCACCCAGGGUGCUGGGUUCUCAAAUCUCGAGUAUGGUCUGAUGGCCGAGCUGCUCGGCAAGAGCAAGGUUGCCUCUGAGGCAACUAACAAUGCCGCCCCUGAUACUGGUAACAUGGAAGUGUUCGCCAAGUACGGCAAUGACGCACAGAAGAAGCAGUGGCUGGAACCCCUGCUCCAGGGUAAGAUCCGGUCCGCGUUCCUGAUGACCGAGCCCGACGUUGCCUCCAGCGAUGCCACCAAUAUCGAGCUGGACAUCCGUCGCGAAGGCAACGAAUACGUGCUGAAUGGCUCCAAAUGGUGGUCCUCCGGCGCCGGAGACCCCCGCUGCGCCAUCUACCUGGUCAUGGGCAAGACCGACCCCAAGAACCCAGACACCUACAAGCAGCAAUCCGUUGUUCUAGUCCCAGCCGGCCUGCCAGGCAUCACCGUGCACCGCAUGCUAACAGUAUACGGGUACGAUGACGCCCCCCACGGCCACGGCCACAUCACAUUCAAGAACGUGCGCAUCCCCAUCUCAAACAUGGUUCUUGGCGAAGGGCGGGGCUUCGAGAUCAUCCAGGGCCGUCUUGGCCCCGGACGCAUCCACCACGCCAUGCGCGCCAUCGGCGCAGCCGAGCGUGCCCUGGAAUGGCUGAUCGCGCGUGUGAACGACGAGCGCAAGAAGACAUUCGGACAGGCUCUAGUCGCGCACGGCGUAAUCCUCGAGUGGAUUGCCAAGUCUCGGAUUGAAGUCGAUGCCGCGCGCUUCGUUGUCCUGAAUGCUGCUAUUAAGAUCGAUCAGGGUAAUGCGAAGAGUGCGCUUAAGGAAAUUGCCCAGGCGAAGGUGCUAGUGCCACAGACUGCGUUGGCGAUUAUUGAUCGUGCUGUUCAGGCUUAUGGUGCUGCUGGUGUUUGUCAGGAUACGCCGUUGGCGUACUUGUGGGCUGGGAUUCGUACUUUGCGCAUUGCUGAUGGUCCGGAUGAGGUUCACUUGCAGCAGUUGGGUAAGCGGGAGAAUAAGACUCGGAAGGAUGCUGUUACUGCUAAGUUGAACUGGCAGCGUGAUGAGGCUGAUCGUCUGCUUUCGGCUUCUGGUUUCAAGCCUAAGAGUCACUUGUGA